AGAUCAACUUUUAGGUUAGGUCAGUCUUGUUUACAGUGCUUGUACAGUGCUGUCUACUGUGCGUGCAUCUGCGCAAAACAGUAAACAUAGUAAAAAUUCACAGUAAUACCAGGUUAAAUGCUACAUUGGUCUAUUCUGAUUAUUACUUUAUAUUGAAUAUUAAAAUAAGUGAUCAGUUUCAACCAUGUCUAAAUCUCAGAAUAAAGAAAACGAUUUAAUUCUAAGUUAUCACGAUUGUAUUUUGCGCCGAGAUGAUGUAAAUUUGUUGAAUGGACCAUACUGGUUGAAUGAUGCAGUUAUAGGAUUCUACUUUGAAUAUCUUGGACAGAAGUAUAUAGAAGCAAGUUCGAAGCUUCUUUUCAUAAGCCCGGAGCUGACUCAGCUGCUAAAACUGACGGAUCCACACGAAUAUCCAAUAUUCCUUGAUCCGAUAGAAGCAAAGAAAAAAGAGUUCAUAUUUUUUCCUGUAAAUGACUGCAACAGCAGAAACACUGCAGGUGGUUCCCACUGGAGUUUGAUGGUAUUCUCAAAAACUGAAAGAACCUGCUUCUAUUUUGAUUCAUCAUACGGAUUGAACACCUCUGUUGCAAGGGACUUUUCCAAAGGCGUUAUGAGUUAUUUACUCGACAAAGGUACUGGCCAGUUUGUAGAAGUCAACUGUCCUCAGCAAGAAAAUGGUUACGACUGUGGAUUAUUUGUGCUUUGCUAUGCAGACAUCAUCACAGAAUUUGUUUUAAAAACAUCCAAUGUUGAGGGAUGCGAUUGUGAUAAUGUUAACAGUUUAGUUUUUGAAAAACGAAAAUCUCUAAAAACCCUUAUAGAAAGACUGAAAGAAUCUGAACACUGAAUAUAAAUUAUAUCACUAAUAGGUUGGCUCACUAUAAUUUAUUAAUUUUUAAAAUUGUCAUCCAAUUUCAUUUUUCCAAGCAAUUGAUUUUCAAAAUUAAAACUCUGUAUAGCUGUGAUAAUGUUGAAUUGUGUUUUUAACAUUGACCACGUUACUGUAAAUCUCAGACAAUUGGAUCAACUAUCCUUAAUGUAUUUAAUAUAUAUCUAAAGUGUAAUUUUUAAGCUUGAUAUUGCUCAAAUAUACAUAUAUAUUUAUGAAAUUAUUUUUUAAUAAUAACAAUAAAAAUUGUAUAGGAAA